UCCCUAGAAGGAAACUAGCUUAAUAGUUUUAGAGUGAGAGUUUGCUCUCUCUCGCUGGUGGUGGUGGGAUGCGAUCCCCAAUCUGACGCAAAGCAUCGCAACGAUUCUAAUCCAUGGUGCGCUCGCAAAGCUUGGGAUCUUGGCAAAAAGAGCUGGGUGGUGGAACGUCUUGUUUCUGUGGCUUUUGGGCGACACGAUGACGACGAGGAAGCUCGAGUAGAGUGGAAGAAGCCACACCAUAGCCAAGCCAAGCCAAGCCAGCAAAUCCCAGCGCGGCUCUUUUGCCAUUCAAUCCAAAUUGCCACUUGUGGUAGCUGCUCCAACCAAAGGAGAAAGGAGAGGAAGCGGUCCCCUCUCUCUCUCGUCUUUGGCUGUGGGUGCUUGUUUGCCUCCGCGCAAGAAUCCAGCCCAGCUUUUCUCUCUUGGAUCGAUCCACCGAGGGAGCAGCACAACUGUUCGGCAAUUGCAGCGCCAGAAAUUGUUUGUGAGUGAGCAGUACCGCAGCAGCGCGCGCACACAGGGUGAGAGAGGUGGUGUUUUGCUUGGACAGCAUUCAUUCACUCUUCCUUCCUUCCGUUGGUUCCUUCUUCUCUUUCAUAUUGAUUGCCUCGCCAUUGCCUUGCCUGACCAAGAACAGCAGAGAGAAAGAGGGUUUUUUCUUCCUCCUCCCUCCCCGUUUCUCUUGAAAGGAAACCACCGAUUUGGGUCCUCUUUCCUCGAUCAAUUCUCACUUGGGCGACCGCGUGAUCUCAUGGAUCGUCCUGCCCGGGCGCCAUUGCUAGUACCCACCAGCUCCUUCUUCCAGAUUCUCAAGGUCAGGCGAUCUUCCUUUCUCAUAACUUCGCAGCGCUGCCUGCCUAGAGGAGAGAGCACAGGGGAAAAAAAAAAUCUACUCGUGCAAAUCAGCGAGCGAAUUUGAGGUGUUGAGCUCCACAAAAACAGCAGGGAAAAAUGGAUCGAAGAAGCUGGCCGUGGAAGCGAAAGUCGUCCUCGAAAAACUCCGGAGCUCUUGUGCCUGUUGCAGCUUCUGCAAAUGUGUCUCCAGCCAAUCGCUCCUCGAGGAGAAAUGACGAUCACGGAAUGUCAAAGUUUCUGGCAGAUCAAGCACAGGAGGCCACGCUUCGCUGUCAAGAGGCAGAGGAGAAGCUACGAGAUGUAAAUGCAAAGCUCGCAGCGGCACAGUCUGAGCUCGUCGAGAAGGAAAACCACGUCAAGCAGCAUGCCAAAGUCGCCGAGGAAGCGGUCACAGGCUGGGAGAAAGCAGAGGAGGAAACAGCGAGCACGAAGCUCCAGCUCGAGACUUUGUCGAGAAGAAAAGAAGAACUCGAAGGAAAAGUGUCUCAGCUCGACUCGACGCUCAAGGAGUCGCACCGAAGCUCGCAAAGAGCCAAGGACGAUCACGAGCGGAGAAUGCAGGAGAUGGUGGCCAAGAAGAACAAAGAGUGCGAGAGAAUUCGGGCGGAGCUCGAGGCUAGAGUCGCGGAAGUCGGGCACAGGUUGCUCGAGUCGACUGCCGAGAGCAAAGUUUUGGUGGCGACGCUCCAGGAGAAGAUGAGAAGCAUCGCGGAGCUGAGCGAGGCGAGAUCCAAGGCCGAGGCGGAGAUCGGUGUGCUCAACAUCCGGCUGGAAAACAUGGACAAGGACAACUUGAGCUUGCAGUACGAGAUCCAGGUUCUCAACAAGCAGCUCCAGAUUCGCAACGACGAGAAGGACUACUGCAAGCGAGAGGCGGACGCGGCGCACAAGCAGCACCUGGAUGGCGUGAAGAAGAUCCAAGUUUUGGAGGCCGAGUGCCAGAGACUCCGGAGCUUGGUGAGGAGAAAGCUGCCCGGUCCGGCUGCUGUGGCCCAGAUGAAACAAGAGGUUGAUUCGUGGGGACGAGAGGAGAGACGACGAUCGUUCGGGAGCAGCAAAGGUGGCGGAGGUGGCGGUGAAUACCACGGGCGGCUCUCGGGUGGUAACAAGGACUUUCAGAUCCAACUGCUUACGGAGAGAGUCCUGUCGAUGGAAGAGGAGACGAAACUGCUGCGAGAAGUUCUGGCUCAGAAGAACAACGAGCUCCAGGCGGCCAAGAGCUUGGCUUCCGCGCAGGAUCUCUCCGAGGCAGCGUCGUCGUGUGUCCGUGGGGGCUUGAAGCCGAGAGCUCUGGCGGUGGGAUCCAUGUCCGAGUCGAGUGUGAAUGACGAAGGUGGCGCGAGCUGUGCGGACGCCUGGACGUCGGCCAUGAUCUCGGAGCUGGACCAGUUCAAGAAAGACGCGUCCAAAGUGGACAGCAGCGAGAGCCCGCGGAUCAUCCUGGCCGGCGACUCGAAGUUCCAGAUGAUGGAUGACUUUGCGGAGAUGGAGCAGCUAACGUCGAGCGCGGCAGCAACCAAGAGCGAAGAGGAACUCGACCAAACUCCAAAGCUUGAAUCGGGUUCCUCGGAUCGAGCAGCAGAGCUGGAGAAGCUUGUGUCCGAGAAGGAAGAACAGCUCAACGCCGCCAACCGGCUGUGCAUGGAGAUCAGCAGCAAGCUCCUGGCGACCGAGAAGGAGUUUAGCGCCCUCCAGGCGAAGAAUGCCGCGAACGAGAGCUCUCUCAUCAAGCUCCAGGAGAAGCUGGAUUUGUUGCUGGAAGCUCCAGCUCCAGGGGAUCAAAAGGUGGCGGCGGACGACAAAGAGAGCUUGAAGAUUCAUGCAGCUCUUACCGAAAACGUCCAAAAGGUGGUGUGCCUGGUGGAAGCUCUAGCUCAUUCUGUGGGUGCGGAGCACGAGGAUGGCCACUCUCUGCCAUCGCCCAGUGCGGAUUCGGCGGUGAGCUCGGACGUGAGCAGCAGCGAUCAAUCCACCAGCAUGGCGAACCCCAGCUUUGAGAAGCUCACGACCGCGAGCAACAGGCUGGUGGAAGGGAAAGUUAGCGUCAUCGAUUUCAUGAGCGAGCUCUCCACGGUUCUUACCUCGAUCGUCUCGAGCGACAGUGGAUCCGAGCAAGGGAGGUGCUUGAGAAGUCUGAUGAGGAAAGAGAGCAGCGGCGAGCUCCUUGGCGCGGAUCAACACAAGAUGGAAAAGCUCGAGAGGGAGAACACGGGCUUGCGAACUGAGGCAAAGAAGCUGUCCGAGGAACUUAGCAGGAUCAAGGUUGAAAAGGAGUUGCUUCAUCAGAGCUGCGAGAGAUCCAAGGACGAACUUCAAGAGGUGGAAUCGAAGCUGUCGAUUGCGGAGAGGCUGGUCUCCGAGUUCAAGCAGCAGCUGACAACAUGUAGGAGCGAGCUUUCGCAGUGUAGAGCGAGCCUGGAGGAACGGAUCAAGGUGGCCGACUCCACAGUGGCGGAGUUGCGAGAGAAGCUGGAAGUGGUGGAAGGGAAGUUCCAAGCGGAGCAGGACCAGCACCGGGAACUCGAGAAGAGAUAUGAAGAACUGGAGAAGCAGAUCAACCUAGAACACUCUUGUCGUGGCGAUGGUGAUCGUCCGGACGAAGAUUGUGCAAACCAAAACAAUGGCGACGAGAUUGCUGUGAAGCUUGCGGAAUGCCAAAGGACGAUCCUGGCCCUGGGGAAGCAACUUAAAGUUCUCUCCUCGGACUCGGACCAGCAGCAGCAACAGCAGCAGCAUCAAGAAGAGCUCAGUGACAUCGACGAGAGUUGCAUCGCUCGAAACCUCCAAACUUCCAACAACAACACGCUCCGUAUGGAAGACGAAGAAGACUUCUCGUGGUCGAGGAUCAAGCUCCAAGGCUUCGAGCCCGAUCACCUCACACUCCCUUGGAGUCCUCCAAGGAGUGUGGAAGAGUUGCAGCCGCCACCCCGCAAGACCAACGGAAGAGCAGAAGAAUCGGACUCGACAUGGCUCUACUCGGGGGAUCAGGCAGCGGCGGGAUACAGGCGGACGGUGAUGAGAUCGCCAGGAAGAUUUGUGAGCAAGAAAUCUGGAGCUGCUGCUUCCAAUGAGCUCGCAAAGUCCGUAACCAUUCCUCACCAUCCCAAGAACUAUCAUGGAGGCUCCAGCUUUGCCAGGUUCUUCUCCAGAAACAGCAGGAACCCAAGCUGAUGUGAUCUUGAAGAACCACAAAACUGAAACAAUGAGAAUAAAAAAGAAAGAAAAAAAA